CCCAGGCCCCACCCCUUUGGCCACAUGUCGCACAGGUCUUCCCGUCGGACGCCGCGCUACCUCCCCGCGCUGCUUUACGAACCUAGAGCAGCGCCGCCCCGCCUCCUGUCUCCUUCCUCACCUCCCCGCCCCCUCCCAGUUUCGCGUCUCCUAGUCCGACGCGCCCGCUAUAAUCACGUGAUUGCUUCAUCCGGGUCCUUUGCGUUCUCUCUCCCUCUCCCAACAUGGCGGCCUCAGCAAAAAAGAAGAAUAAGAAGGGGAAGACUAUCUCCCUGACAGACUUUCUGGCUGAGGAUGGGGGGACUGGUGGAGGAAGCACCUAUGUCCCCAAACCAGUCAGCUGGGCUGAUGAAACAGAUGACCUGGAAGGAGAUGUUUCAACCACUUGGCACAGUAAUGAUGAUGAUGUGUAUAGGGCACCUCCAAUUGACCGUUCCAUCCUUCCCACCGCUCCACGGGCUGCUCGGGAACCCAAUAUCGACCGGAGCCGUCUUCCCAAAUCGCCACCCUACACUGCUUUUCUAGGGAACCUGCCCUAUGAUGUAACAGAAGAAUCGAUUAAAGAAUUCUUUAGAGGAUUAAAUAUCAGUGCAGUGCGGUUACCCCGUGAACCCAGCAAUCCAGAGAGGUUGAAAGGUUUUGGUUAUGCUGAGUUUGAGGACCUGGAUUCCCUGCUCAGUGCCCUGAGUCUCAAUGAAGAGUCUCUAGGUAACAGGAGAAUUCGAGUGGACGUUGCUGAUCAAGCUCAGGAUAAAGACAGGGAUGAUCGUUCUUUUGGCCGGGAUAGAAACCGGGAGUCUGACAAAACAGAUACAGACUGGAGAGCCCGUCCUGCCACAGACACCUUUGAUGACUACCCGCCUAGAAGAGGUGAUGAUAGCUUUGGAGACAAGUAUCGAGAUCGUUAUGAUUCAGAUCGGUAUCGUGAUGGGUAUCGGGACGGGUAUCGUGAUGGCCCACGCCGGGACAUGGAUCGAUAUGGGGGCCGGGAUCGCUAUGAUGACCGAGGUAGCAGAGACUACGAUAGAGGCUAUGAUUCCAGGAUAGGCAGUGGCAGAAGAGCAUUUGGUAGUGGGUACCGCAGAGAUGAUGACUACAGAGGAGGCGGGGACCGCUAUGAAGACCGAUACGACAGACGGGAUGACAGAUCAUGGAGCUCCAGAGAUGAUUACUCUCGGGAUGAUUAUAGACGUGAUGAUAGAGGUCCCCCCCAAAGACCCAAACUGAAUCUAAAGCCUCGGAGUACUCCUAAGGAAGAUGAUUCCUCUGCUAGCACCUCCCAGUCCAGUCGAGCGGCUUCUAUCUUUGGAGGGGCAAAGCCCGUUGACACAGCUGCUAGAGAAAGAGAAGUAGAAGAACGACUACAAAAGGAGCAGGAGAAAUUGCAGCGUCAGCUGGAUGAGCCAAAACUAGAACGACGGCCUCGGGAGAGACACCCAAGCUGGCGAAGUGAAGAAACUCAGGAACGGGAACGGUCAAGGACAGGAAGUGAGUCAUCGCAGACUGGAACCUCAGCCACAUCUGGCAGAAGUAAGUCAGACCAGGAUGUGCGAAGGAGAGAGAGUGAGAAGUCUCUAGAAAAUGAAACACUUAAUAAGGAGGAAGACUGUCACUCUCCAACUUCUAAGCCUCCCAAACCUGAUCAGCCCUUAAAGGUAAUGCCAGCCCCUCCACCAAAGGAGAAUGCUUGGGUGAAGCGAAGUUCUAACCCUCCUGCUCGAUCUCAGAGCUCAGACACAGAGCAGCAAUCCCCUACAAGUGGUGGGGGGAAACCAGCUCCAGCUCAGCCGUCUGAGGAAGGACCAGCAAGGAGAGAUGAAAAUAAAGUAGAUGGGAUGAGUGUCCCAAAAGGCCAAACUGGGAACUCCAGCCGUGGUCCAGGAGAUGGAGGGAACAAAGACCACUGGAAGGAGUCAGAUAGGAAAGACGGCAAAAAGGAUCAAGACUCCAGAUCUGCACCUGAGCCAAAGAAACCUGAGGAAAAUCCAGCCUCCAAGUUCAGUUCUGCAAGCAAGUAUGCUGCUCUCUCUGUUGAUGGUGAAGAUGAAAACGAGGGAGAAGAUUACACCGAAUAGACCUCGACAUCCUGUGCUUUUGCCUAGUCUCUCUCCGCCCUGGAACAUUCGAGAGCAAAUCAAACCUCUAUCCAGACAAGACAAAAUAAAACUCACCAUCUCCUGGAAACCUUUCUUAACUUUUUUUUAAAAAAUGAAAUGAAAUUCUUUUGCAUGCUGCUGCAGCCUUUAAAGUAUUGAAGUAACUGGAGAAUCGCCAAUGUAGCCAGAGAGAAAGAGACUACAGCUUUUUUAAUGGAAAAGUUGUGGUACGUUUUUUAUGACACCAUGCAGUUGCCUGUGUGAUUAGUGCCUGGGGGACUCCAUUUAGCAGAAAUGUAAUGACAGUGAUAUGAUGUCUGGAAUUUGGGCAGUAGGGGAGGUACAAGGAAGAGUGUGAGAUUUCCACCUUUUAAUUCUUCUUAUCCUGUUGUGGCAUAUAUGAAUUCUCGAACAUUAUCUGAAUAAAUUUUCCAUCCCUGGAAAGGUAGAUUUAGCCUCUCAAAUUGUUUUAGUCUCCAGGAGGCUGCUAGCCCCUCCUCUUAUUUAAUUCUGAGUUAUCGGGGCCAGCCUAGGGGGAAUUCCUUCAUUUUUUACCCCCCAGGGGGGUAGUUGGGAGUGAGUUAUAGGCCACUAAAGAAUAGGACUGCUUGGGACCAAAAUAAAUGGGAAAAUCGUGGUUUGAAAAGAAGCUUUUGGGAGGUGAUGAAUCAUUUUUUGCACCAGCUUAUAGGGGAGAAUAGUGUGAACUCCAAUAAACACAUGAAUGGUUAUUUCCUGGAGCAGGAAGCACUUUGGGGUCUUGGGAAUUCCCAGUCUUAUGUGUCCUGGUUUUGCCCUUUCCAAACACUGUCCUUUUUGAAAGUCCAAAUAUAUCCACAUUCUGUUGAAACCUUGAAGCUUUAAAAAUUUAGAUUCUUGUCAUUGUCUUAAGUUCAUGGUACUCUUACCUCCCAAAAAGCAGUCUCUAAGUCACAUACCUAUUAUCUAGGGCAUUUUAUAUCUCAGCCACUGGGAGCUGUGCGAGGAGGAAUCAAUGCUUUUCUCUAGCAAAUUGGUUCCUUGAUGUAUUUUGACUCUCCUUCCCUCCAUCCAUGCCUGCUCCUGGCUGCUUUGACCCCUUUUACAGAUCAAAAUACUCUAGAAUUGAUGGUCUUGGGUGGUAAAUAAAGGUGGAUAAAUUAGGGACAGUUAAAUUGGGAGCCUUUCUUACAACCACGAUUGGGUUUUGUUUUCCACCCCCACCCCCAAAUUUCUUUCUCUCCACCAAAAUCCCACACCAGUGCUUGGAUUUAUAAUGUGGCCUAGAGUGUGUGUGUGUGUGUGUGUGGGUUUUUUGUUUUGUUUUUUUAAGCUUCCCUUAAGAGUAAAUGGUAAUGGAGACCCCUGCUUAACAAAGUCCUGGUUUCUCUUGCAACACAGUAGCUAAACUUGCCUGCUUCUAUGUGCAACUUUGUAGGGGUCAGCUGGGUAGAUGGUAUCCUUCCCCAUCAUGGGCAAUAUAAUAUUAGUACCUGCAGAAAUGACACCUUGGUCUCUUGUUUGCAAGCCCUUUCCCCAUCAGUCCUAGGUUAGACUGUCCAGCCAUGCAGAGGUGUGGGUUUAUGUGUGCUGCAGCAGUGGGCAUAAGGAAUAAUUUACCAAGUGGACAAAAGGUACACCAAGUGAAUUAGCUUUACAUAAUUGACAUGAAUUGGCUAGUAGCUAGGAAGUGGGCUUUUAAAGAGAGAUACCCAAGGUUGAAAGGGUUUUUUUUUUUUAAAUAAGAAACCAUUGAUUGGAUUGUAGAUAAUGAAAAGCUAGGGUUUGCCCUCUUCAUGUCUACUCCCCUUCCAAAUAGUUGUAUCCAAAAAAUCUGGUGUUCCCAAUCCCCAACCUUGCCCCCCCCCCAUUAAAACAAACAGGGAUUGAUUUAUGUCCCGCUCCUGAAUACAUGUAAAAUUUGUACAAAAAUAUCUUCUAUGAAAAUGAUUUGUAAUCUGUAGACUUAAUACCUGGGAGAUGUCUUGAGAUGUAAAAUCCCAUCCUUUGGGUUGUGGGUUUUUUGUUUUCUCCAAAUAAAUCUGAUCUUUAAAGUUCA